UCUCACACACACACACACACACACACACACACACACACACACACACACACACACACACACACACACACACACACAAUGAAAAUAGACAGGUCACAAGUUGGACUUGGUAAAAAAAACCCACUUUAGAUAACAUCUGUACUGUGACAGAUAGGUCUGCAUGUAUCUGACCCAUAAACUUUUAUAUUUCCAUCUUGUAGCUAUACAAUAUAUCUAGAAAAUAGAUAAAAGAUAUCCGAUACUUUUUUUUUCAGAAAUCAUUUCUAUAUCUAUAUUAACCAUGCUUUUAAUCCUUCAACUGUGCGAUAGAACUGCACAAGUGUACAAUAACAGUUUUGUGUAUCGUAGACAUCUCGCACAUUGUAUAACGCUGUGCGUUCCCACAUCUGUAUUUAUGUUUUGGAAAUUUUUUGUGCUUAUACUGAUAAUGUAUUUAUCUUCAGGUGACAUUUUGCUUAUAACUUUAAUAAGUCCCACGGUUAGAACUGUUAGUAAGGACCAGGUAGUAUGUUAUAGCUGUAUAUAUUUGAAAAUGAUUAUAACGUUUCAAACACUGACAACAAGCUGUUUUUUAUGAAGGAACAGGUACCAUUGUUCUCAUAGACAAACUGUUAUAUUACAAAUCACUUGUAUUAGUACCAGUAUGAUUCAGAGGACAGGCUAAAUACAGGACCCCGGGGGAAAACUCAUUUUCUCUGUCACAGUAAGGAGAUGGGCUUAUUACAGGACCUCUGUACGCAAACACAAACCUUCUUAUUCAAAAUAAGGAUUUAGGGUUAUUGCAGGACCCCAGGGGCAAAAAUCCACUUCUUAUUCCAAGCCAGGGGAUAGGCUUCUUACAGGACCACACUGGUUGUACAUCAGAGGUAGCGAAUUGAUUAGGUAUUGUACUAUUUUUCUAACAGCAAAGAUGCAUGGGUGAGCUUAUAACCCAAGGAUGGGCUUAUUACCCAUGGGUGAGCUUAUUACCCAAGGGUGGACUUAUUACCCAAGGAUGGGCUUAUUAUCCAAUGGUGGGCUUAUUAUCCAAGAGUGGUCUUAUUACACAAGAGUGGUCUUAUUACACAAGGCUGGGCUUAUCACACAAGGCUGGGGCUUAUCACACAAGGCUGGGCUUAUUACACAAGAUUGGGCUUAUUACACAAGGCUGGGCUUAUUACACAAGGCUGGGCUUAUUACACAAUAUUGGGCUUAUUACACAAGGCUGGGCUUAUCACACAAGGUUGGGCUUAUUACACAAGGUUGGGCUUAUUACACAAGAGUGGGCUUAUUACACAAGGCUGGGGCUUAUUACACAAGAGUGGUCUUAUUACACAAGGCUGGGGCUUAUUACACAAGGCUGGGCUUAUUACACAAGAUUGGGCUUAUUACACAAGGCUGGGCUUAUCACACAAGGUUGGGCUUAUUACAAAAGAGUGGGCUUAUUACACAAGGCUGGGCUUAUUACACAAUAUUGGGCUUAUUACACAAGAUUGGGCUUAUUACACAAGAUUGGGCUUAUUACACAGGGCUGGGGCUUAUUACACAAGGCUGGGCUUAUUACACAAGAUUGGGCUUAUUACACAAGGCUGGGCUUAUCACACAAGGUUGGGCUUAUUACACAAGAUUGGGCUUAUUACACAAGAGUGGGCUUAUUACACAAGAUUGGGCUUAUUACACAAGAUUGGGCUUAUUACACAAGAUUGGGCUUAUUACACAAGGCUGGGCUUAUUACACAAGAGUGGUCUUAUCACACAAGGCUGGGCUUAUCACACAAGGCUGGGCUUAUUACACAAGGCUGGGCUUAUCACACAAGGCUGGGGCUUAUUACACAAGGCUGGGCUUAUUACACAAGAGUGGUCUUAUUACACAAGGAUGGGUUUGACUGACAUAUUUUGCUAGACAUUUCAUGUUUUAUUUGUCUUCCAUAAUUUAUAUAUACAUUUAAUAUUUCAUUUUUCAUAACUCAAUAUAAUUUUUUCACAGAAAAGAAUGUCUGGAAAAAUACAAUAUGGUUAUGGGCUAUCUUUUACACUGAACACAGAUGUGUUAUCGUUGCUUCUAUAGAAACCAAAUACUCAGCAUGCUUUAUAGAUGUGGUGGUGCAUGUGAUUUUUUGUUCAGGUUUUAUAUGAAUGUAGAAAUUCCACAUGAAAAUGGAUCUUUAUUGUUUUUGAUGCCAUCUCUUCAUAGAAAAUUGUUUUUCUUUGAAAAUAAUAUUGCGAAUGACAUGCAUUGCAAAUUUUUAUUGCAAAAGUAAGUUUUUUGUUCCCUGAGAAGGUCUUUCAUCACAUCCAUUUUCUUCAAACUCAUGUCCACCAGAGACGAAAUCUGCCCCAGACUACAGAAUUUACACUCCAUGUUAUUUCAGGGCAGUAUAUGAUAUAACGACAAAUCAAUUCACAAAAAUCCAGUUGCCAUGUCACUGCACCAAAAAUCAUAACAUUCGGGUAAUUUAAAAAUGUCCAAUUUCUUAAUGUGAUUAAUUCAGAGGAAAUGGGACUGUACCAUUUUUAAGAAAAGGGGUGUGAUGUACAUAUAUAGAGUUUUGAAUACCUACCUCUGGAGUCAACACUGCUACCAUUCCCUCUCCUACAGAAACAUGACUGUCUAUAACUUUACAUUUAGAUAUAUUUGUGUUGCAUGUCUGCUAGCAUUUAUACAGUAGCAAUGAAGGAACAAUAAAAAAGUGACAAAAGUU